AUGGACCCUCUCAUCGCCUCUGAGCUCGCCAAGAGCGCUGAUGGCAUUCCUUUCCACGCCAAGGAAAAUCAUGUCCACAGCACCUGGGCGAAAACUUUCCUGUCGCGGCCAGAACUCUACUUUCAACCGGAGACAUUACCUGAGAUCGAGAAGAUAGUAAAACUUGCGCACAAAUGUCGUCGCCGUCUUACUACCGCUGGUUGCGGUCAUUCGCCCAGCUCGCUGACCUGCACCUCGUCCUGGCUAGUAAAUCUCGACAAGUAUAAUCGCAUACUGUCCGUAGAUACAGAUACCGGCGUCGUAGUCAUGCAAUCGGGCAUAAGGCUAUAUGCGCUUUGCGAGGAGCUUGAGAAGUACGGUCUUGCCAUGCCGAACCUUGGUAGUAUUAACCAGCAGUCCAUUGCCGGUGCAAUUUCCACGGGUACCCACGGGUCAAGCCUUAAGCAUGGUCUAAUGUCCGAGGACGUUCUAUCUUUGCGCGUAACCGUCGCAGAUGGUACCACUAAAUUCUGCUCCUCUGAGGACGACCCUGAGCUAUUUCGGGCGUCCCUCCUCUCCUUAGGUGCGCUCGGUAUUAUAACUGAGGUUACUUUCCGAGCCGUACCCGAAUUCACUCUACGGUGGAAGCAGGUUAUUGACGCUGACGUGAAGAUGUUCAAUGCGUGGGAAAGGGAUCUCUGGACACAGACCGAGUUCGUUAGGGUUUGGUGGUACCCGUAUACCCGACGCGCAGUAGUAUGGACUGCGGAGAAGACGGAUGAGCCGCUGAUAGAUCCGAAAGUAUCGUACUACGAUAAUACUCUUGGUUACUAUGUCUACCACAACUUGCUCUAUGCCUCACAGUUUUUCCCACGAGUUAUCCCCUGGAUCGAGUGGUUCGUUUUCGGCAUGCAGUAUGGGUUCCAGAACGGCACGACUAGCGGUGCCGUUCAACCCAGCCGCAAGGCAUUAUUGAUGAACUGCUUAUAUUCGCAGUUUGUGAAUGAGUGGGCCAUUCCUCUUCACAAGGGUCCUGAGGCUCUUCGACGGUUGAGCAGUUGGCUCAAUCAGCUUCCUUCCUCGGACCCAGACUACGUACCCCAUAACAUACCCUUCUCAGCCGAGGGCCUCUACGUGCACGCGCCUGUCGAAGUGCGAGUGUCUAACACAUCGCCUUCUAACCUGAAGUCUUUAACGCCGAACAGCAGGCCAUAUCUCGACCCGACAGUAGAGGACAGCCCGACACUAUAUCUCAACGCCACCCUAUACAGACCUUAUUACAGCGACCCGCCGUGUCGGGCUCGGUACUACGAGGCUUUCGAGUGGCUGAUGCGGGAUCUGGGCGGGCGACCACACUGGGCGAAGAACUUCGAGACAGACGGCGCAGAGAUCGAAAGCAUGUAUGGCAACAGUCUACGUCAGUGGCGAAAGGUUCGGGAAAGUGUAGAUCCUGAUGGCCUGUUUGUCGGCGCAUGGCAUCGACGAUUUGUACUCGAGAGUGGACCCCUUCUCCCGCUUGAGGAGGUAGAAAUUAAGCGGGAGAAAAGGAGUCGUGCGGGAGGUGUGAUAUUCGAAGGUGUAGUUGGGACCUCUCGGUAG